AUGGCGCCGCUUUGGAUUGCGCUUGCUCUACUGGCCAUGCACAGCCUACCACCCACCACUUCAGUAAACAUAGGUCUUUGUUAUGGUUCUAGGUCAAACAAAUCGAACCACGUCCCCGUGCAGACUGCCGUCGACGCUUUAAAAAAGUACGACGUCCAGGAUGUGCGCCUCUACGACUACGAUCCUGAGUUUCUAAGUGCCUCCAGAAAUGCAAGUUAUUCAGUUCUCGUUAGCGUCCCCAACGAAGAGCUCCCCUUCCUGGCUUCCAGCAAAGCCAACGCCACCGCUUGGUUCAACAAAAACCUGAAACCCUUCAUCGACACCGUCCUCUUCUCCUACAUCGCCGUCGGCAACGAAGCCUUCUCCACCUAUUAUGUGGACUCAAUUCGACCCGCCAUGGAUAACCUCCAAAGCCUCCUCACAGCCAACGGCCUCACCGGCGUUCGUGUGAGCACAUUGGUGUCCAAAGCGGUCUUUCAGGAUUGGGACACGCCCCCUUCCAACGUCACCUUUAGAAAAUCCAUCUUGAAGCAAAUAACUGAGGUCGUCGCCUUUUUGGAGAAGUACAGUUCGCCGCUGUUGCUCAACGUGUUCCCACACCAGUUCGUCGAUUACCAGCCAAAUCCUCAGGAGUACAUAUACUUGGCACUGUUCACGUCGAACGUGACGCUAAGUGAUGGGAACCUUCAAUACUACAACUUGUUGGAUUACAUCGUGGACGGUUUCAGGUGGGCGAUGAAGAAGGUGGGGUCGACGACAUUGGACGUGGUGGUUGCACAGACGGGGUGGCCGAGGAAAAAUGCGCCGGCCGUAGCGGGGACGUACAACAAGAAUUUCGUUCAGCAUGUGCAGUCGUUGAAAGGGACGCCAAUGAAGCCGAACACCUAUUUACAGGGGUAUAUUUUUGAGAUGUACAACAAUAUUGAAGCUGAGGAUACUUAUGAUUAUUAUGGGGUGUUCAAUCGCGACAAUACGCUCAUUAACCCUAUAUUCUGA